AUGAUCCGCAACAUACCAAACAAGUACACACAGCAGAUGCUACUCGCAGAAGUCAAUCGCAACCACCGCGGUGACUACGACUUUUUCUACCUGCCCAUCGACUUCAAGAACAAGUGCAACAUGGGCUACGCGUUUAUCAACUUCAUCGAGGCGGCACACAUCAAGGCGUUUCAUCAGGAGUUCGACGGCCAGAAGUGGACGAAUUUCAACAGCGAAAAAGUCUGUGCCAUCUCGUAUGCCAGGUUGCAAGGCAAACAGGCGAUGAUCGCACGUUUUCAGAAUUCAAGCUUGCUGGAAAAACACGAGUCGUACCGCCCGCUCGUUUUCGGCAGUUUUGGUUCCAACCGCGGCAAACCAGAGCCGUUCCCGGCCCCGAAGCCAAUUGCUCACAAAAAGCAGUCAGUGCAAGCACACUCUCCAGCAAUGUUUGAAGGUGAAGAUUAUGGCAACUACGUCGCGCGCCACACGUAUGCUCCACAGCAGCCACCGCAUCGGCCGCAACACGUGCAGUACGAGCACUCACUCGCCGUGCAUCCUCCUCAGGGGAUGGUUUACACGCCGCAGCAUGCCAUACCUCCGCCCUCGACAGCGAACUGGUUUCACGUUGGCAUGCCGGCACUGCCGCUGCACUACGUCCGGUCGUACCAGCGAAACGACUCCCAACUGGUCUCACCAAUUUUGUACAGAGUGACCGAGAUACCGCCAAACGCGCUGGAUCACACGCAGUGA